CCGAGAACCAGAGACCUCGCCGUCCACAAGCAGCGCGACGCUCUCCCAAGUCUCAAGUCUCGGCCGCCUCCCCACGCCGAGUUUUACGCCAUGGAUACUGGCACAUCAAUUCCCACGCUCCGGGCGUCGAUCGGCGAGGUACGCCAGUCGUCCGAGGGCAAGUCGCUGCCGGCGUACAGGAACGAAGCUGUCACGGGCGCCCCUGAUGAUGAUGUCCACGAGACGUACCACGGACUCGUCAUCCCGACCGAGGAGGAGAGGUCGACGCUGCGCCGCGUUGCAGGCAAGAUGCCCAGCACCUGCUACUACCUCUGUGCUGUAGAGUUUGCCGAGCGCGCCUCGUACUACGGCUGCAACCAGGUCUACAAGAACUUCAUCCGCGCCAAGCUGCCGGCAGAUGGAAACGGGGCGGGAGCCACGGCCCCGGGCUCCAAGUCCACAGCCGGCGCCUUGGGCAAGGGCACCGUUACGGCCACGGCAAUGACCGAGGCCUUCAAGUUUCUCGCAUACGCCCUGCCCGUCUACUUUGGCUGGCUCGCCGACACCAAGUACGGCCGCUUCAAGAUGAUCUGCUGGGGUGUGGCCGUCUGCGGCGUUGCCCACGUCAUCAUGAUCAUCUCGGCGCUCCCGCCAGUCCUGCAGUCGGGCAAUGCCAUUGGGCCCUUUGCUCUCUCCCUGUACAUGCUGUCUAUUGGUGCAGCCCAGUUCAAGCCAAACAUCUCCCCGACCAUCAUGGACCAGAGCCCCCACAAGGUUGCCCACGUGAUCACGGAAAACGGCGAAAAGGUUAUCGUUGACCCGGAGGAGUCUCUUACCAGCGUCAUGCUGUGGUUUUACCUCCUGAUCAACAUUGGCGCCUGCUUCGGUAUCCCCACCACCUAUCUCGCCAAGAUUGUGGGGUACUGGGCAGCCUACCUCAUCCCCACGAUCCUGUAUCUCAUGCUUCCCCCUCUUCUCUGGUAUCUAAACCCCCGUCUCGUCAAGCAACCACCUGGCGGCUCGGACCUGGGCAACGUGUUCAAGGUCCUUGGCGAUUGUCUCCGCCACGGCGGCAUCAAGUCGUUCGGCCGCAAGGGCUUCUGGGAACAUGGUAAACCUAGUGUGCGUGCCGCUGCAGGCAGCACCAAGGUCUAUCACUACGACGACCAGUUCGUGGAGGACGUGCGGCGGACGUUCCAAGCCUGCGGCAUCUUUAUCUUCCAGCCCAUCUUCCAGAUCAACGACGGCGGUCUCGGUGCCGCCGCCAACGCUUUGACUGCGUCGAUGGAAACGAACGGGCUCCCCAACGAUCUUCUAGACAACCUCAAUUCCGUCAGCAUCGUCGUCAUGGUCCCUUUCAUGAACCACAUUGUUUACCCCCUUCUUCUGCGCUUUGGAAUCAAGUGGGGCGCCAUCUCUCGCAUGACCUUUGGGUUCGCCGUCUGCACUAUCGGCUCGAUCGGGUUCUCGGUCCUCCAGUACUACGUCUACCAGACGUCUCCCUGCGGGUACAACGCAACCACGUGCGACGGCCGGCUCCCGGAGGGCGUCAACCCGCUAUCAACGGUAUCGUACAGUCUAUACUCGAUCCCCAUCAUCAUCACGGCCAUCUCGGAGAUCUUUAUCAACGUGACAGCCUACGGCAUCGCGUACUCGCGCUCGCCUAAGAACAUGAAGGGCCUCGUCGCGUCCAUCAAUCUGUUCAUGGUGGCCAUCUCGGCCGCCAUCGGCCUCGCCACCGCCCCCGCCAUCCAGGAUCCGUAUCUCAUUUGGGCUUUUGCCGGCCCUACCAUUGUUGGAGCCGUCCUCACAGUCGUCUUUUGGUUCACGUUCCGCCACCUCGACAAGGAGGAGUUUGUCAUCAACACGGACUUCCAGGACAUGAAGCGCGACUCGGACGACAGCGACGCCGAGAACAACCAGGCAAGGGAAGACAAGCUCCUGACUAGCCCAGUGGAUGAGAAAAUUGCCGUCAAGUCGGACUGAUGUUAGGUCGAGACAGUUGAGCGUGGGAAAGUGCAGACGAUACUGCCGCCUGGUGUCUAAUCAGUGUUUGACGUUCUUUUGGGUGGAAGUAGGUUGGGUAGGAGUAGGUUGGGUGGGAGUAGCGUUGGGUGAUUUCUUGAAGCUAGGAGGCUG